CGACCACCACCACCGUUACAUUGUCACCGCUCAUAGCGACGGCAAGCAGUUCAAAAGAGGCUGCUGAAUAUGCAGCCGCCAUUAGCGAUGCAAAGCGGGAGCGUGAGGCGUUACAAAAGUCACCACCCGCUGCACGCUUGCGCAAUCCACGUGUCAGCAGCGCAGGCAGCCGCCUCAUCAGUAGUACAGCAAAGGCGCGUGCCGCCGUUUCCGCUACAGUGACAGCGCAACAGGAUGAAUUGGAACGGUGUAACGCGGGUAAUGGCAUCGGCGGUGGCAGUGCUGGACAAACACAGCUGCAACGCAGUGCCAGCACUGUGAGCGGUCUAUCAGUGCGGCCUUACAGCAGCCCGGCUGGUUUGCACGCCUACACAGGAAAAGUGCCUGGUUCGGUACCAUCGUCCGUCCAUGGCUCGCGCGUGGACUUACGUGAUGUCGAUAAGGGAUCGGCAAUUUAUCUUGGCUGCUCGGCACCCCGCAAUUCAACGCUAUCACUGUCUUCACGCACCUCAUCGGGCAGUUCGGCGCCACCUUCGCCGGUACGCACGCCACCGGUGAGUCCGCGACAUGGAGUGAGAAGGGCUGCGACUAUGGUGAAAAGACAGCAGCAGCAGCAACAGCAAAGGUGAAACAACUGUAAAGCCUGAUAAUGGCGUGUGGUAUUGAUUAUUGCUGGUUCAUCAAAAUAACCGCUUAGAAGCGGAAACGGAAUUGUUAGUAAAUCAGCUACACUCGACGUAGCGUAGAAUUCACAAUGUAUGUAUGCUAGAUCAGCGCGAAGUAGAAAUCUUCGUAUAGGUUCCUUUAAUUGUGAAAGCUGCUUAGAGGUAUUUUUUGUUUGUUGUCGGUUCGUGUUGAACUGAAGCCUACAACAUUGUUAAUUGACGAUUGGUUAUGGCAACCAAAAGAACUCCUUUGUGCGCUUAGCUUAUAUGUAGCAUAGAAUUUCCAGAAACUCAAAGCAAUUACAUAAUUAAUUUUAAGCGAAGUACUUUAAAAAAUAAUGUUUUUUACUAUACUCACUAAUUAACUUGUUGUUGCUUAGCUGUAAAAGUAAAAAUUAAAACUUCAGUAAAUUUUAAGGAUCUAACUAAUAUAGAUAAGUUGUAAUAUUUAAGCCACCUUUUAGUAGAAGUCUUACUAGGACGGCGGAUGUUUAGGUUAAAAGCUAGGAAGUUAACCCACUAUAUUCAAUUAAAAGCUGUUGGAGUGAACGAAAAUGAAAAUUGGUCAGGUACCAUAAGUUCAGAAGCCAUUUUGCUGUUGCAAUAAAAUAAUACACAGGCAAUUCUGCCGCCAGUUUCGCCUAGGUUAUGUUUUUGAUAACUUGAUUUAUAUUAUUUUUCUAAUAAAAACUUACCUCUCUGAUGGUAAUGUAAUUAAUUAAAUAAUGUAAUUCUCUUUCCACACAAUUUCUACCCUUUUCCUUCUUUUCCUGAUUUUCUGAGAUUUUUACAUAUUUCUCACACUUUGAACUGCAUCACUUACUCACCGAAAUUAUUUAAUUGGAAAAUUUGCAAACACUAAAUUGGCAAUUAUUUAACUUUCUUGUUGCAGAAAACACACAUAACUUUUUAAUUUCUUUGAAGAGACGUCAUUUAAUUCACUUUUCUGCACAUAUUUCACAAUUUUCACUGAUUUUCAACUUACGGAAAGGAAAUAGGCGCGUAGUGGUUAGAAUGGCGGCGGAAAUUGGUUGGCAGCGCAGAGUUGUACUUGCACUUGCAAAAUAUUAACGACGGUAUUCACUAACUGGUCGAAAAAGUGUUGUGUAACAUAUGGAAUUAUUCUUGGAAUAUAUUAUAUAAAACAAUAAACUUACUAAAAUAC